AUGCCCUGUUAUACCUAUAUGUUCGCAUAUGAGCGCUGUUCUCACAGCGAUAUAGAAGCGGCCGCCUGCGACGACAGGCAAUGUGCACACAACGAGGACGAGUGGCGGAUCUGCGACACCAAGCUUAGGGUGUCGUUUCACGGGAAAUGCGAGCGCUGCGUCGACCAUGAGGCGGCUGCCGAGGGGAGCGCGAGCGCAGCUCACAACUCCCGUAUACAGGCACUCAUUCGCAACCAGCCCAAUGCAUCACCGAAGACCCAAGCUGUGAAUGAAGGGAUCGAGGACCGAGAAUUCUUCGUGAGGGGGCUGCGAGAAGAGAAGCUCGAGGCGAUACGCAGCGAGAUCGGGCGGGCGAGGGAGUGGACGGGGAAUUACGCCAAGGCGCUGUAUUUCCUGCAGUACGGGCUGGACAAGAUGAAGAGCGACCACGAGGCCUGGGUCGCUCACAGGGCGCAGGGCCGCGCACGCCUGCAGGAAGAGCUGGAUGCCGCGCUUGCCAGGCAGCGCGACCGCUACGAGCAGGGCAUCAAGGAGACAGACAGCGACAUUGCCGAGAUCGCCAGGAAACGUUCCCGCCUCGCCGAGUGGGACGUCACGGACCAGAGCAUAAGAGCGGCUGCCGUGCCAGACGAGGCGUACGAUGCCAUGCGCCGAUCGCUGGAGCAAAGUCGCGACUUAACGCCCGUUUGGCUGACCGUCUUGGUGGACCCGACGCGCACGCGUGAGCAGCUGAUCGAGCACCACGCGCAGCUGACUCUCACGCGCCAGGGGCAGGAGCUCGCCGGCUGGGAGUCUAGCUACGCUUUCAGCAGCAGCGCGCUCGAGGUCAACGUCGCGUCGCCGAUAGACCAGCUGCUGCAGCAGACGGAGCCCCUGUGA